GGACAAGACUUGCACAGCUUUGUCAAAUGUCAUGCAUUAAGUAGGGUAAAGUAGAAAUUUUUUUUCCACCACACAUGUUUUUACAAUGUAGACCACUUUGAACACACACAUAGAGAAGUGGGAAGCGUUAGUUAGGUGUGGUCAAGGGAGAAAAUUCUUCAACAAAGUAAAGAAUGAAUCAGUCUGUGUCAAUACCUAUAGGCUUUAGGUAAAGCCUUUCUUUAGCAUCAGGUGCUCCGAGAAGGUAGGCCUACAGUGAAUAAUUCUUUUAACUUGAUCCGAGAAUAGGAAAUGGGAUAAAAAAUAUGUUCAAACAUUUUACCUGACAGACAGACAGGCAGACAGAGUUGAUAUGAGCUCUGUAAUAAGAAAUACGCUCAUUCAUUAACGAAAUAUCAGCAGUUGUUGUCAUCGAUGGAAGCACGUGAUCACGAUCUCUUCACUGCGUGUCGGGAGAGUUUUAUUGCAAGGCUCUUCUUCCAGGAAGCCGAGGACGAAACCGAUGAAACAAGAGAUGAGUCUGACGACAGCGACGACUCGGACGCCACAGAUUACAGCCAGCAGAGAGAAUUUAAUUAUAAUUGCAUUGUUAAAUCUAUUCUGGCCGGAGUGGUUACCGCGACAGCGAUCUUUAUGGUGGUGAUCAUGGCAGCGAAUAGAAAAUCAAACUCGCCAGAGAACAGUUUCAUCUCCAGAGAUGGGAGCACGUCCCCCAAUAGUUUGAACCAUCAGUUUCUUGUCCGGGAAGUCAACUCUGAAGGCUAUGUGCAGAUCUUGGCAGUAAAUGAAGAAAUAAGCACCUACGUUAUCCAGUUUAAUCCUGAUCUAAACAAAUACUACAAUGCAUUUCUUGUGGUCAAUUUUCAAGAGGAAAUAGAAACGGUAUUGAUUGUUUCUAAAUCAAAGAAUGACUACGGCACUGAUAUAGAAGAAAAUAUCAUACUAUAUUGUGCUGCCUCCAGAUUCCAGAGACAGUUUUCUGGAAGUUUCGCCAAAGUUUCUGACAUAAUGAAGAGCUCAAAGAUCAGUAGGAGAGUCAGUGGUUCUUUGGUUGAACUUGAGAGCAGCUAUAUUGGAGCACCAUACCUACUAAGUAGAUUUAUGUCAAAAAUUGUUAAUGGUAGCUGUCAAAGGCUAAGUCAAGUAGAUAUGUUUUUGUGGAAUCAAAUGGAUGACACACUGGCCUGUGGAGACAGAACAGUGGCUCGCACUGAUUAUGGACACUGUCCGGAACAUCUCUGUGAGAACUAUCCAGGAGUGCCAAUAUCACGAGGCUUAGCUUGUAACAAAUUUCGCUCUUGCAAUUAUGUGAUGGCAAACUGUGACCCUUACCUGCCCCAUAAACCCCGCAGCUUUGAGAAUCGGCCAUAUUGCGUCUGCAGAAGAACUGCUUCGGACGAUGGCGCAAGACUCGAGUGCCCUCAUAUAGAUGACGACGGCGGAGAAUGCGAGAUUCCCAGACGAAACUUGAUGGCAGUGCAAUCCGGGCUGCCUUGUCUGUGCAUGUAUAAGCUAAGAGUUCUCUACCCUUUUUUACAUACGCCCAAAGAACAGGGAAGUGACCAGGGAUUAGAUGAUACAGCUGACAGUAACAUAAUAGACUGGGUUUUCAGAGAGGAAGUAAUUACAGCCCCUGCUUUAAAAUUUGCACAUUGUCCCUGCUGAAAACAAAAAAUCUUAAUAUAUAUAUAUCUAUUUGUACAUUUUUGAAUGCUUAAAAGAAAACAUCUUUGUUGUACUUAGGUUAAAAUUCAAAGCCUUUACCCCUUCAUCACAUAAUGGACCUCAUUCACCAAUUUAGCCACGCGAUUCUCUAUCUCUUCUAUACAAAUUACGUAAUACACACAGGCUGUCACGUGACAGUUUUUUUUUUUUCGUUGUUUCACGUGGCUAAAUUUUAUUUGUUUACGAUUGGUGAAUGAGGUCCAUUGUUUUACUGAGAUGCGAUUUUAAAAAGGCAUAUUUUGAUAAUGAUCAUCAUAGUCAAACAUGGCAAAGAAAGAAUUCAAACUGGACAGCCACUGUCCUAUGAGCCUCUAGCUGUGCAUGAAAACGAGUGAAAUGACGGGAAACAACCUACUCAGUUUCUUGUGUCAAUCUCAUGGGGAAACAACCUACUCAGUUUCUUGUGUCAAUCUCAGUGAUGAUUAAGUAAGCAUUAGAAAAGAUCUAAUAGAAGGCAAGAGAGCCGCUGGCCGUCCACUUUUACGUUAUACGGAUUGUAUGCAAACGCGACAUGAAGCUCUUCAAAAUUGACACUAGCAGCUGGGAAGAGGUGGCACUGGAUAGAUCCACAUGGAGAGAGAGCAUAAAGGAAGGGUCACGGAUUGCAGAUGUCAUACACAACAGAAGUUGUAAGAAAGGUGAAAAUGCAACGGCGCCUGGUGAUUACAUAUGCCCAACUUGCGAUCGCAGCUGUGUAUCAAGGAUUGGCUUCUUUAGUCACACAAGAAGUUGCAAAGGGAAAAGAUCGUCUCUCGAGACGUAAAAUGCCACAGAGAAAAGAUUAAGAGAAGACCAAGUAUCCUAUAUCACCCUAGAGAUAGAGAACACAUAAACAGACAAAUCAACAAGGAAUGAUUGUGUAGACUUGGAAGAAGAUAAAUUCUCGAUACAAGGCCUCUUUCUAAAAGUGAUCAACCAGCACAUACCAGUGGAUUGACAGCUAGUUUACUAAUUAAAAUCUAUUGUCAGCACACUUCUAGCGUAGACAAGAACCAUACUUGUUUGCUACAAUUAGUUGAAGUAAUACAUAUAUUGAUAUAUAGGCUACAUGCUUGGUACAAGUUUGGAUUGAAUGUAACAUUGAUACACUGAUGUUUCGGAUUUCCACUUGCACUAAAAUUUUAACUGUCUUCGAGCCCAAUUAAAAAUGCACGUUAUUAUCUACACCUGGGACCUGUUUUAAUACGAGGAUUUAUAGUUUGUAAUCAAAUUCUAUCAUUUCUUUCUUAGAUUUAAAAUAAUACACCAUACUUUAUUUGUUUGAAUGUCUUAAAAAUACUUCAUGAAUUCGUUUAGUAUCUAAAGGAAUUAGUCGUCAGUUUCUGUCACUAUAUGUGAUGAACUACUUUCAAAAUGUAUGUUUUAUGGAAUACGACAUAGUCCGAUGUUUCUCCUUUUAGGUUGAUAUUUUCAUUACAAAGAUUAUUUCCUGGUGUUUCUAGCUUCAACGAGAGCAUGGUGAAGUUGUUUUAGGUAAUUAGACCGACUGGGAAUAUAUUCUUUCUUUGCUCCGCAUCAAAUGCUUUGAUUGUUGAGGAUGGCAUGAAUCUGACUUGUUUAGCGGGCUUGGAUUACAGGGAGAUAGAUUGUAUAGAUAUGUGCAUUUUGAGCUUCACUGUCUCUGUAUGUAUUCCAUCUCGGAACUAUGUUGUCUCAUGUUCAUGAGAAAUAUAAAUGAAUAAUUAAAGGCUUGUGAUUAUUGGUAGUUAGAUGUUACAAUAUCCCAAAUGAACUGAGGUGCAGAUGACCAGUAGGCUAUCUGCACAAUGGUUUCCAGAUCAGGCAGUUCUCCGUACAGUUUUUCUUCUAUAGGGAUGUUAAGGGACCAGUGUCUUGUUCGGGCCUCUUGCUGGAGAAUGCAGUUUUGAAGGACAUGGUCGGCAUUCUCCGGUGACACUCCAGAAGGGGCAAUUUUCAAAAACGAUGUUUUCGGCUUGAGUUUUUUUCUCUAGCAUCGCGAUCUUGACAGACUUCAUACCGUUAACACCGAUGAUCAAAUGAUUUCUUGUUGACUUGUACUCAAGCACGUAACAGUCAAAAAGAUUUCAAUGUCCUGUACAAUGAGUUUUGAACUUAGCUUUUUACUGAGUCAUGAAUUAGUCAAUGCUGGGUGUGUCGAUCUUAAUAAGAGUAAGG